CGGCCUAUAUUAUUUGGUACAAAUUUAUUUUGUUAACAUUAUUCGUUUUAAUUGUUAUAGGACCUUCUGGCAUGACGAUGAUUACUCGGAAAUACUUAUAUGACAUUGCCCAAAACUCAAUUGGGUCAUCAUUUGACGAAAAACUUAAGCUUAUGGAAAUCGAAGUGCUAAAAGGCUAUUUUCAAGACGAUCCAAAAAUAGCAGACGCUAAACACAAAUUGUCCAUUGUUAAGCACCAAUUUAAACAAAAAUGGUUGGCAGCUCAAAAAAACAAAAAGAGAUUCGAAGAAAAAAAUGCCACGUGGCUAAGAGACACAAUAACUUUACCGAGCGCAGGAGUUAGCCCCGGGCGUCCUCAAAAAUCAUUUGAAGAAUCAAGUGAAAGAAGUAAAACCGAAGACCUGAGGUCAAAAGAUUUAGCAGAAUUAACGUAUGCAACACAAAUGCAAUUGCGACAGGCCGGCAAAGUUGAAGCUUCGAAAGUUGUUAAAGACCUUACGAAAAGUCCUCGAAGAGCUAAAAAAUACAUCAAAGCCUUUAAAGAAAGUGUUGAAAAGCAAGAUCAGCCUCGUCAACUAUCACCGUUACAAGCAUUGUCAAUGUUUACAGAAGCAGAAUUAACUAAAACUCAAUAUCAAAGAGUCCGUGAGACAAACCCAAUUUUUUUCCCUUGUUAUUCUAUUGUUCAAAAAGCAAAAAAAGAUAGCUAUCCGGAAAUUCAUCGUGUGACCGAGACAUGUGCUGAAGUUCUAGUUCAGAAGUUGAUGGAUCACACAGGAUCAAGACUGAUACAGUUUUUGGGAAAAGCUGUAGAAAAUUUAAGUGAAGAAGAGAAAUCCUCAUUAAUAUUAAUAAGUAAGUGGGGUUGUGACGGCUCGCAACAAAUACAAUAUAAAAUGAAAUUUGAGUUUGAAGAUGACUCUGAUGCCAAUAUAUUUCAAAGUUCAACAGUUCCACUCCAAUUACUUUAGGGCUCUGAAAAAAAAAAUCUGUGGCAAAACCCAACACCAUCGUCACCUCGCUACUGUCGCCCUAUAAGAAUACGUUUUGUGAAAGAAACAACUGACGUAACUAAUGAAGUAAUAAAUUAUAUCCAAUCACAGAUAUCAGCACUCACUAGUACAAAUAUAAAUGGCAUUUCUAUAAAGCAUAAGAUGCUAUUUACGAUGGUGGAUGGCAAGGUAUGCAAUGCAGCAACACAUACCAAAUCAACUAUGAGGUGCUACAUUUGUGAAGCUACUAUUUCAGAAUUUAAUGAUUUAUCAAUGGAAAGGCCAUGCAAAAAAGAGAAUUUCAGCUUUGGGCUGUCAUUAUUGCAUGCUAGAAUAAGAUUUUUUGAAACGAUGCUGCAUGUGGCAUAUAGGCUACCCAUUAAAAAGUGGAAUGUUCGCCUUUCUGCCGAAGAGAAACAAGUGGUGGGAGAUAGAAAAAAAGAAAUCCAAAGCCAGUUCAAAGAAAAACUUGGACUUUUAGUAGACAUGCCUAAAGCAAAUUUUGGUAACACAAAUGACGGUAACACAAGCAGAAGAUUUUUCGAGGAAUAUGAAAUUUCAGCAGAAAUUACAGGAGUCGAUAAAAAUUUAAUUUAUCGUUUAAAAGUAAUUCUAGAUGCAUUAUGUUCCGGUAUGAAAAUAAAUGUGGAACAAUUUGAAAAAUAUUGCAAAGAAACUGCCGAACUUUAUGUGUCGUUAUAUAAUUUUUACUACUGUCCUAACAUGUCCAUUCUGUACACAAGAUCAUAGUUUGAGUCACUGUAAACAGUUUUGUAAAGAAGAUUACGAAACCCGAAGUGAGUUCGUCCGAACACAUCGAUUAUGUUAUAAUUGUUUAAGUUCCAAUCAUUCGAUCAAGUUU